AUGCAGCCGGUCUUCUUCUUCUGUGUCCUCGUGGCCUCGGUAGCUCUGAAUUUUGUGGGGUUUCUCAUGAGUCUGUUCAUUGCCGUGGUCAGUUUCAAGACGUGGACCACAAAGCACAGCCGCUCCCCUUCCGACAGGAUCCUGUUCAGCUUGGCCGUCUCCCGGCUUCUCAUGUUGGGACUGCUACUGCUGAACAUGGGCUUCAUCUUCAGCGCCGCGGACCAAGACAGGUCAGUCUCUUUGUCCACUUUUUUCCUGUUGUCUUGGAUGUUCUUGGACACGAGUGGUCUGUGGUUUGUGACCUUACUCAACACCUUGUACUGUGUGAAGAUUACUAACCUCCAACACGCAGCGUUUCUUCUGCUGAAGCGCCAUCUGGCCGCAAAGACCUCCCGGCUGCUUCUGGCCUCUGUGCUGACCCCCACCCUCACCACGCUCCUGUUCUUUAUGAUCAACUGGACAUCAUCCAUUUCGGAGCUGGGGCCCAAGAGGAACCAGUCCACCUUUGGCUUCAGUCGGAGCGCCGUCGUGUUGGUGAUGUCUUCCUUCCUGAGCUCCUUCCCCCAGUUCAUCCUCAACGUGACUUCAGCGUCCUUGUUAAUCAAUUCCCUGCAGAGGCACAUCCAGAAGAUGCGGAGGAAUGCCACUGGCUUUUGGAACCCCCAGACGGAAGCUACCGUGGGGGCCAUGAAGCUCAUGAUCUACUUCCUCAUCCUCUACGUGCCCUACUCCUUUGCGACCAUCCUCUCCUACCUCCCUCACUCUGUAGGGAUGGGCGUGGCCACCAGAGCGGUGUGCAUAAUCGUUUCCACCGUCUACUCCCCGGGACACUCUCUCCUCCUGAUUCUCACACACCCCAGGCUGAAGACGAAAGCAAAGCAUGUUCUCUCUUGCAGCAGAUAG